AUGAAUAGCGGCUCUGGCAACUCGCUGCAUCUCAGCAAGACCAUACAUUUCAGGCGCACGUUACGGAUCGGUGGUUGCUACGCACCUAAGCUGGACCGGGUCAACUACUACCGUUUCUACGACCACGCCUGCCGCUCCGUCGUGGUGUCGCCCAUUGCGGCCACGCUGCCUAUCUACGACGAACAGACCAGCUCGGGCCUCCGGUACGGAGCCAUCGGAUCGCUUGUCUCCGAGGCGCUCUUCGAGGCCUUCUACGAAACGCGUGACGACCUUAGCCCGACGCAACGGGAGAAGCUCAACAGUGCACGAACGUGCAUUGAACGCUCCAUCUUCAAGGUGGACACGGUCGAAAACAUGGAGGAGGCCUUCUUGCUGUACGGCGGCCACGUGGCGCUGUGGUCGGCCUAUCGCUCCGAGGUGUACCUGCAGGAUCGGCGGCUGCCAGGUCUCGAGGAUUACUCGGAAGACAUGCUCUUCUUCAUCGCCUUCUGCCUAAUUCAGUGCGGGGGCAGCGUCAUGCCCAGAGACACGUUGUGCAACAUACCGCUCAAGAGCUCUUCGUACUUCGCCGACGCGUUCACUUGCCCGCUCGGUAGCGCCAUGAAUCUCGGAAACCGGUGCUCCUACGUAUGACCCUUCAUACUUGGCGCUGCUGGAGUUGAGGACUUCGUGGAGAUGUGCCAUUUGUUUUACAACGCGACAGCGUUAAUUUUUUAUCUGUACGCAUUCAGACUGCCGAUAAUAAGUUAGAAUAGAUAUGACAAUCAUUAUCUCUGUUCUCUUCAAGAAGUAUUACCAUGAGCGAUAUGCUUAUUGCAGUGGCGAACCUUGCUGAAGCGAAAGUGUGGCAGAGUUGUUCCGAAAGGGGAAAAAAUAUACAAGUUGCUUGUGCCACAUAAACGAGAAACUUGCUAAAGUUCGCCGUCUUUGUCGCUUGAAGCCAACAGAACAAAACGAGGUGCGCGAUUUGAAGCAGUACGUAUUUUUUUAGCUGUUGUACACAAUUGGCAAAUAUGCCGUAGCUGCGCGUAUUUGUUUGGCAGUCUGUUUUCUUGUCGUAUCGCUAACUCCUACCUAAGGUGUCGUGCCCCAGAUGGCAGUAUUUCUGAAAUAAAUUAGUUUUACACGAAGUGCUA